AUGGCACAAUCGAUUUCCUCCUUGACUGAACAGUGGCUUCAAUGGGACCAAGAUCAUACAACUCGCGCGGAAAUAGAACAACUGCGGGACUCUAAUGCUACCGAGGAACUGGAAAAGCGCCUUCGGAAUCGUAUUGAAUUUGGAACAGCUGGAUUGCGAGGCUGCAUGGCCGCAGGGUUCUCCUGCAUGAACUCUUUGAUAGUCAUACAAGCCUCACAGGGGCUGGCCAAGUUUAUUCGCGAUAAGCGUUCUGAUAUUGCUUCGCAUGGUGUGGUUAUUGGACAUGAUGCGCGUCAUAAUUCUGCGAAAUUCGCCGCACUCGCUGCUAACGCGUUCAUCGCGCAACGUAUCCCCGUUUGGUUCUUCAAUGAAGAAGGGCCAACACCUAUGGUCGCGUUCGGAGUGAACUAUUUCGGUGCUGCUGCAGGUGUUAUGGUGACGGCGAGCCAUAACCCACCCCAGGACAACGGCUACAAAGUUUACUCGAGCAACGGCGCCCAGAUCAACCGACCCGAGGAUGGCGAAAUAGCACGGUCAAUUCAAGAGAACCUUGAGCCAUGGCCGACCGCAUGGGCAGAGUUGCAACCAGGCGAAUUCCUACGUGCGGACUCCUACCAGAAACUGCUACCCCAUUACAGCAGCAAAGUCGCAGAAUUCACGAAAGCUACGGUCACGGAUUGGCAACCGCCAAGACCGUUCACUUAUACACCUCUACACGGCGUGGGAGGCUUGGUUCUUCCAAGUCUCUGCCGCUCACUUGGAAUCAACGACUUUGUAUCCGUUGCUGCCCAGGAAAAACCUGAUCCAGACUUUCCCACUGUGAAGUUUCCUAACCCGGAAGAGGCUGGAGCUUUAGAUCUUGCCAUCGAGACCGCCGACCGAGACGGAAAGACCUUGAUCAUUGCCAAUGACCCCGAUGCGGACCGCUUCGCCGUAGCAGAGCAAGUGGAUGGGAAAUGGCAUACUUUGACUGGAAACCACGUUGGUGUCCUUUUGGCUUCCCAUAUCUUGGAUUCGUACGAUGCAGGCAAAGAUUGGUCUCACAUUGCGGUGUUGACUACAACGGUGUCGAGCGGCAUGCUCGGAAAUAUGGCAGCUGCAAAAGGAAUGCACUUCGCGGAGACCCUGACAGGGUUCAAAUGGAUGGCUAAUGUUGCCCGGGACUUAGAGAAGGAGGGAAAGACAAUUCCCUUUGCAUAUGAAGAGGCACUGGGAUACAUGUUCCCAUCCGUUUGCUAUGAUAAAGACGGCAUUACGGCAGCUGCAGUCUUCCUGGCAGCGGAGGCGAAAUGGAGAAACCAGGGACUCACUGCAUAUGCCAAGCUGCAGCAAUUAUUCAGCGAAUUCGGUCAUCACGAGACCUUGAAUAACUACUUCCGAUCGCCCAACCCACAGCUCACGGCAACAUUAUUCCAGGGUAUUCGAGGCAGCUCAGGCCUCGCUAAUAUGCAGUUUGGUCGCUUCAAGAUUUUGCGAUGGAGGGAUUUGACCGAGGGCUAUGACUCUAGCACACCUGAUAACAAACCAGAUCUACCUGAAGAUCCGACAAGCCAGAUGCUUACGCUGUGGUUGGAUGGCGGGGUUCGAUUCACAUUCCGAGGCUCGGGAACAGAGCCCAAGGUCAAGUUUUAUAUCGAGAGCUGUGGAGACUCUCGCGCAGAUGCUGUUAAAGCAGUCUGCGAUGCAUUCCUCACUAUUCGGGAAGAAUGGGUGCAGUGCUUUACACCUUCGAUGACAUACAGCAAUCAGCUUUACACAUCAUCUGGCAACAUUUUGAACGUUGAAUAA